ACCGCCACUGUGAGAAUCACUGUUCUGGAUGCCAAUGAUAAUAGCCCACAGUUUAUCCACACUACACUGAGAGCUGAUAUAAGUGAAACGGCAACCCCUGGGGAAUUCAUCACCCAGUUUUCAGCCACAGAUGCCGAUAUACUCAACAAUGCUGCAAUACAGUUCAGCAUUGCAAGUGGUAACACAGACAACACAUUCAACCUGGAUGCCAAGUCUGGCAAGCUUUACCUACAGAAGAAGCUGGACUAUGAACAGACCCCUCAGUAUCUGCUAGAAAUUAUGGCCAGUGACAGAGGAAGUCCUAGACAGGACACAACAGUUAUUUUUGUUGUCAGUGUUCAGGAUUCCAAUGAUAACUCUCCCCAGUUUUCCACACAGCCUGCAGUGUUCCAUGUUGCUGAGAAUAACAACCCCAAUAUCCCUGUUGCAGUUUUAACUGCCACCGAUUUAGACUCUGGAACCAAUGGAGAAAUAAGAUAUUCCAUCCUCCAUCAGGACCCUGUUGGUGACUAUUUUGACAUUAAUCCAACUUCUGGACAGAUAAUUGCCAAAAAGAGAAUAGACAGGGAGUUGAUUGGUCGUUUUAACCUCACAGUUAAAGGAACGGACCAAGCCACACCUGUGAACACACGUAGAUCAUCACUGAAAACUGUCACUAUCUUGGUUGAUGAUGUGAACGACAACGCCCCAGUUUUUACAUCACUAACAGCAGCGGUGGUGUCUGUGUUGGGACAGGCAGGCUCUCAGGUCAUGAAUGUGCAUGCUGAAGACCCCGACGCGGGACCUAAUGGGGUUGUCACGUACACUCUAUCAGGAGGAGAUACAAACUUAUUCACCCUACAGAGCAACACGGGUGUCCUCCUCUUAAAAUCAAGCAUCCCGAGUUCACGUCUCAAAUACUCCGUCACUGUGACAGCGACAGACUCGGGCACCUCGAGACUUUCCUCAACAUCAACCAUCGAUGUCAUCAUUAAAGCUACCACUGAGAAUGGGCCCGCGUUCACUGGGAACACCCCCUACAGUGGAUCAGUGUAUGAAAACCAGACCCCAGGGACCAGUGUAUCUGUUCAAGUGCAGGCCAGUUCCCCAGGAGCUCAAGUAGAAUACUACAUCACAGGGAUUACCUCCAGUGGUCAACAAAUGCCCAGGUAUUUCGCUAUUGACCGACAGACAGGUGUAGUGACCACAGCAGUGUCCCUGGACUAUGAUCUUGGACAGCAUAGUUUCAGUGUUGAUGUUUAUGCCAUAGAUGUAUCUGGCAGCACUAGCAAGACUAGGAAGACACAGGUCUCUAUCACCUUACUAGACCAGAAUGACACCCCUCCCUCCUUUGGGUCAUCUCUAUAUGAAGUGGACGUCCCUGAAGAUGUCCAGCCUGGCUACGUGGUGGCUAGUCUUGUGGCUCAAGAUGUGGACAGUGAAGGGACAGUGACCUACCGUAUCUCCAGCGGAGACCUGAGUGUGUUCCAAGUGAACGGAAAUACAGCUGACAAUGUGAGAAUAGAUCCUCGAAAAGAGGCUUUUCAGCUACCCGCAAGUAUUCCCAAAGUUGACGAAACUUGUGGGGUCUCUAUCACCUUACUAGACCAGAAUGACACCCCUCCCUCCUUUGGGUCAUCUCUAUAUGAAGUGGACGUCCCUGAAGAUGUCCAGCCUGGCUACGUGGUGGCUAGUCUUGUGGCUCAAGAUGUGGACAGUGAAGGGACAGUGACCUACCGUAUCUCCAGCGGAGACCUGAGUGUGUUCCAAGUGAACGGAAAUACAGGGUCAAUUUUCCUCACAUUUUCUCAUACCACCAAGUAUAAUUUUGAUUGUAAAGAAUGUUUUUGA